GGGACCGCUUCCAGAUCGCCGAGGAGGUGGCCCAGGAGGAGCAGCUUCCAUGAGCUCCGAGAUCGGGGCCCCGGUGCCUCGCAGCCCGGCCUUGAUGAGCCAGCAGCCGCCGCCGCCGCCGCCCUCCGCGCUGGAGUCGUCCAGCAACGGCAGCAGCAGCAACAGCAGCGCUUCAGCGUCCGCGCCGUCGAAAGCCAAGAAAGCCAGCUCGGGGCUGAGGCGCCCGGAGAAGCCUCCUUAUUCCUACAUCGCGCUUAUCGUCAUGGCUAUCCAGAGCUCGCCGUCGAAGCGGCUGACGCUGAGCGAGAUCUACCAGUUCCUGCAGGCGCGCUUCCCCUUCUUCCGCGGCGCUUACCAGGGCUGGAAGAAUUCGGUGCGCCACAACCUGUCGCUCAACGAGUGCUUCAUCAAGCUGCCCAAAGGGCUGGGCCGGCCCGGGAAGGGCCACUACUGGACCAUCGACCCGGCCAGCGAGUUCAUGUUCGAGGAAGGCUCCUUCCGACGGCGCCCCAGGGGCUUCCGAAGGAAAUGCCAGGCGCUCAAGCCCACCAUGUACCACCGCAUGGUGAACGGCCUGGGCUUCCUCCCGCAGGGCUUCGACUUCCAAGCGCCCCCCGCCGCCCCGUUGGGCUGCCACCCCAACGGCUACAACCCCCUGGACGUGAUGCAGGCCGGCGCCUACGAGGCGCACCACGUCCCACACAUGUCUCCCAACCCGGGCUCCACUUACAUGGCCAGCUGCCCGGUGCCUUCCAACGGCGGCGCCGACUACGGCCCCGACAGCAGCAGCAGCCCCGUGCCCUCAUCGCCCGCCAUGGCCAGCGCCAUCGAGUGCCACUCGCCCUACGGCAGCCCCGCGGGACACUGGACCUCCUCGGCUGCCUCGCCCUAUCUCAAGCAGCAGGCCCUGCCGCCGCCCACCCCCGCUGCCCCCACGGGCAUCCACUCCGGAGUGGCCUCCUACUCGCUGGAGCAGAGCUACUUGCACCAAAACGGCAGGGAAGACCUCUCAGGUACCAAAGGCGACCCGCCCCCACCUUCACCUCCACACGCGCUUAACCCUCCAAACCUUUGCCCACCUCACGAGUAAGCCGAAUGGGGUCCUCCAGCUUCUUUUGAAAUAGGAAAUCAACGUGUUGACAUUAGAUAGAUGGAUGGAUAGAUAGAUAGAUAGAUAGAUAGAUAGAUAGAUAUAGAUACUCCGCAGAUACCCAUAACUUGUUCAAAGGAAGCUUUGGGCUCAGUUCUUAAGCAUGUUCCAGCAGAAGUAAUAAUAUUUUAUUGUAAACAGGCAGAUCUCGUUCUGGUCAUUUCUAUUUACAACUUACGGUAAUACAUUUAAGAGCUGGUUGAUCUUCUUAAUCGCCCACAGCUCCAGCCUCGCUCCCACUGGAGGAUUUCACUGCCACUAACUUGACUGGUUUGAGAUCCUACAGGCGUGAUGCUAAGAGCACAAUCUCGUGGGAGUAAAUGCCAUGCAAAUAACAAUUUUUAAAAAGGAUUCAGUUGCAAUGGCUCUGUGUGCCGGGCACGGAAUGCUGAACAGUCCGGAACGCGCACUGACACCAUCCAGCAACUGGUGCGGAUGUGAUCCCCACACUCCAUAGGAUGGGUCGCAUCCCGUGGGGAUUGCAACUGGUUGCAAUAAAGCUAGAGCUUGAUCGGAGCCAUUCUGUUGAAAGUGCAUUAUUUGGGAUUCUAAACCAGGGAGGCAAGGGCGAGGAAUGCAGGUUAGGGAUCCAGCCGACGGUUGACAAUGAGCAAACAAGCUGGCUUAAAAAUAAUAUAUUUGGAUGAAAUCAAGGAGAACAUAGGAGAAAGGCUCUUUAAACCAACUUUUUUGGACUUGCAGGCAGGCCAGGGAUGAUAAGACGCUGCCCACCUUUCCCAAAUACAUAUGCACACUUCCAGAGUAAGCGGGGUGCUCAUCUCCAUUAGAAACUGUGGGCGUAGAAUGAGGAGGUGGCAAUGGUUUCUGUGAAUUAAUCUUGAGCAUUGAGAUGUGAUCCCGUCCACACUUACUUGGAAGUAAGGGCCGCUGGAACCAAUGGGAUUUAUUCCAAGUGGAAGUUGUUUAGAUAGGACGGCUUGUUAAUGUCUCAGUUCAUUACGGCAGUGAAAGCUUCGAUCUACAGAGGUUGUAAAUACUUUUUUUAAAAUAUGCCAAAGAUGUUGGAGAGGAAGGUGCGGAAGGCACUGGUUCGGUUUCUGAAAGCAAAACCCUGAACAGGAAAGUGACUAGAUAUUUCAAGAAUACCGAGUGGCUGCGAUCUUGAGCGCACCUACUUAGAAUUAAGUGCCAAAGACGGUUUUGGAUCGGGAUAUUAGAGGGCGCCCAUCAUCGUGGCGUCUGGGCGCAUCACGCUCACAUAGAUGACCAGCCGUUUUAUUUCUGAGAACGACCCUCUUCAUGUGCAGUGUGUGUAUUAUAUAUGUAUAUAUCUCGACAGAUGUAGAUUAGAUGGGGGGGGGUUUCCCAGAGGAAUGACCUGCGACCUCCAAAACCGUAGGUAGGGUGUUGUUGUUUUUUAAUUAAAAAAAGAACACCUCUUCGCGGGGAAGGCGGGCGAUUGCGAAGAGACUGGAAAUAAAUCCCUUCGCUCGCUCAGGUUAAAGUUGUAGCUGUCAGAUAACACUGCCUCAAUAACAAGCCCCGAUGCUGGGUCUCCUCGGUGUUUUCUCUGAAAACACCAGCUUUGACGUGAGAAAACAAAAGCUGCUUCCAGGGGGGAAAAUAGACCUAUUGUUCGGAGAGAAGUAGAGCAGCAAUUCGGGAGGGCUGGGAUGGGAGGGGGGACUUGUAGGAGAGAUAUAUAUGACUUUUUAUCCCUCUCACCCCCUCACCCGCUCACCCAAAGAAUAUAGCCGCAGGACAUCCUCCUGACUGUGUCUUAGUAAAGCCAGGCUCAAUUUGUUGAGCAGAAUGCCAGAGAUCAACGUAAAUUACAGAUAGAUUAUUUUUACUUCGCUGCACUAUUGAUAAUCAUCUUAUUUAAAUUCGAAUCUCGAUCAUAGCGCCCAGUCGCUGGCUCGGCACUGCAGUUGAGUCACGAUUAGGAUUAUUAGAUCGAGAUUAACAAUUUAGCCGGCGGCUGCAAUUGGAAGUCCAUGUGUAGCCCACGUUUAGGCAUGUUUACUCAGCAGUAAGUCCCCACCGUGUUCAAUGGAGCUUACUCUCUGUGUAGGAUUGCAGCUUUUAGUUUGGAAUUCGCUUGACUGAGCGCAGUGGGCCUUACUCCCGAGGAAGCAUGCCUAGGAUGGUCUUUUUAAAGAAUAUGGCUGCAACCCCAAAUACUAAAUAUGCUCGUCGUAUGGUUAUGUGGUUAGAAUUUGGGAAGCCUUCAAUUUAAUAGGACUUACUGGCGAGUAAGUAUGAUUAGGAUCGCGCUCGCAGAGCGCAUCCUGGUGUUUUCUUUCUUUCUUUCUUUCUUUCUUUCUCCGGCGUGGUAUAAUAGAUAGAUAGAUAGAUAGAUAGAUAGAUAGAUAGAUAGAUAGAUCCAUCCACAGUUACGCACUUUUACUUCCCAUUGACUUCAACGGGGAUGUUAGACACGUGCUUUUAAAUUUCUCCCGGCGAAAUCCGUGAGGAAAGGGCUUUUACUUUGGCUGGAUCGUGUCCGUUUUGAAUAAAGUGAAGCGCCUGCCGAGCAUGACAUACCACAGCUUCUUUCCUGCAAGUUUCUUAAAAAAAAACAAAAAACCUUUUCUCAGCCCUGAUGAUAGCGAAGAAAACAUAACAAAUCUCAAAAAAGGGUCUCAUUACCACAGCGGGAGCAAAAGAAAAAGAAAAAAUACCCUGGAGGUUUAUAGCCAUCUAAUUGAAAAAGAGGGAGAAAUAUUAUCUGAAUACAGCCUGGGGGAUGAGGCUGGGGGGCGGUAAAUCUAUUCGGAUUUUCUUUUCAAACCGCAAAAAAAAAAAGGUGCUAGCGUGAGACUCAGACCCGUUUCUAUAACUGGAAGGAACUGCUCUGUUGUUGUUUUUCUUUCUUGGUAGUACGUUGCUUUUUAUAGGAGAAAAAAAAUAUUUCUUAAAAAAUAAUAAUAAGACUCUUUAGUAAAUCUGGGUGGAAGAAGAGAGAGAGAGCUCGAGUGUAAGGCAUCGAAAUGGGUAAAAGAUGUUGGGCUCUUACGGAGGAAAUUUUCCAAAUAGCCCUUUUAAACGUGGGUCUCGGAGGUUAACUAAACAAAGACAGUCUGGGCUGGACCACACCGAAGGGGAUUGGAGCUUGACUUAACCCAGAUGAGAGCGAGGUCUUGUUCAAUUUUAUGGGAAUUUCAACAAGUAACAAAUACAGACGACCUUGUCCAUUGCUUCGCUUUGCUUGUCGGCGACCUGCUGUCAAUCAUCUGCUGAGCCCAACUCUCCAUCUCUCUUCCCCCCCCCCACUAGCGCCCCCCUCCCUCUCCAAAUCACCUUCCUUUUUAGCUUGGGAUUUGGGGAAAGAAAGAAAAAACCAGAACCCUUCCCUUGUGGAAAUGAUUCCAGAAGGAUCUCUGGAAGUUUUGUUUUGUUUUUUAAAUGAGAAGGAUGGUGAGGGUUGCAUGAAACCGACAUCCUAAUCUCCCGAGGUAACGAUAGGAAGGGAACUUAGAUAUAGUAUUUGGUUUUACGGAGUGGCCUUUAAUUUUAUUUUUACACCUUGAUUCUGACUCUAAACACAGUCCCGCCAUUGGUUUUAAUGGUCUCGAGGCUGGGCGUAGGAGAAGUUCCACUGAGUGUAAAUGGGACUUUAACUGGUCAGUAAUGGAUUGGGGUGAAGGAAGAUAGUAAUUUAAAAGCACAUCCAUUCCCUCCGUAGCCUCGUGCAGUUUCCGCAUCUAAAUCCACUCUUCUUUAAAAUGCCCAUUUCCUGGAUUUUAAAGGACUGCAUUCUUUCUCAGAAUUAUCCAACCGCUUUCUGAACCCAACACGCUGGAUCGGAAGAAAUCUUUUGCUUCUGCGUCAGGAUUAUUUCCCACUAAACAUUUGGCAGUUUUGAUAAACGCUAUUCCCAUGCCUGGGGAGUAUAGGUCGAGGAAGCCCGAUCCACAGCCCAGUGGCACCACGUCUCAAACGACAUUUACAGUGAUAAUCCUAUGCAUGUAUGCGUAUCUACCUCGAAGUAGGUCUCAGGAUUGCAACCCUAGCCGAAACUGCCAGCUCCAAGUAGCGCUCAGGUGUUUCAAAGACUCAAUAACUGGUUAGGCAGGGAUUUCUGCUAUUACUUUGGGCUUCUUGGAUUCCGCUGAGGAGAAGGUGAUCGAAGCACCUUAAAGUUGUGCAGGAUAGUAUAGGCCUAAGGAAGCUUCGCUGAUGCUUCUCAAUCAACCAAGCCAGCUAUACCGAUGUAGGCUCUUCAGAGUCAAUGGGACUACUCUAAAAUAAGCAGGCUGCCAAUGGGAAACAGGAGAGUUUCUUAAAUCUCAUCCGGAUUAAAAAAAAAAAGGUUUAAUCUUAAGGAAGUGGGGAAGGAAACCCAGAAAUAUUUUUGAAGUAUUUUUUGUUAAGCAUGUUUAGUUGGGGAACAAUAUGCUAUAUAAAUCCAGCUCCAGUGGAAAAAAAACUGCUAUGAAACAUAAACAGGGAAAGAGAAAGAAAGAAGGUUGCAAGCGCGUUUCCUGGGAAGUAGACAAAUCCUAGGCAUAUUUUCUGGGAGGGAAAUUUUUCCCAGUUCAAGGAGACACUACAGCAGGGAUUGGGGAACCGGUGUGGCCUUUCAAGUGUAGUAGGACUCCAAGUCCCAUCAGCCUCAGCGGGAAUGCUGGAUGGUCAGGUGAGCUGGGGCUGAUGGGGUCUAGCAGCAGCUCCUCCUCACCCCAACAUCGCCUCUCCAAGCGAGCCUUGGACCCCAGCAUUGCAAACGAUGCGAUUGGGGAGUUCGGUGAAAGAGUGCAUCGCAGGAGUAUAUGAGACUGGAGGACACAAAAUCAGGCCAGGAGAUCUCAGCUCCCCUCCCUCAACCCGGUCCUCGCCUGCUAGAAGUACUGUAACCUUCAUUGAUUUGCAAUGAAAGUCCUUCGAGUAACUGCUGCCGGGAUCGGCGCCUGCUUCCUGUCAGCCCAGUGGCAUUUAGCAACCGAGAAAAUGUGUUUAGGAUCAGGAUCUUAAACGAACCCGCUGCUUUGAAACCCUGGCAGGCAAAGCAAUCGAGGAGCUAAGGUCUCCGCCCCGCCCGGAAUACCAGGCGCUGCGGAGCCGCUCGUUUAUGAGCUGACAGCGCUGUAACGUCGGUCCCCAAUUGAUUUUUAUCGGUCAAUAAAGCCCCAUCAAAUCAUGCACGGUUUAGUGCCGAGGAGAUGCUAAAUCCCGGCCUCUCCUGAGCCUCCCUCCCGCUCUCCCCUUAGAAGGGCCGAGCAAGAUUGGAAACAGAAGUCGCUUCUCUCGGAGGCUUAGAGGCGAACGGAGCAGAAGGAGGGAGAGGAGGAGGAGGAGGGAGGCGGACAUUUUUCGCACACUGUUAAACCAAAGCGAACUGAUUGAAUCAGAGCUGCAAUAAAGCGCGCCGGUUUCAUUAGGAGCAUACCAGGCAGGUUAUUAGAAAGACGGAGGAAAUCCAGCGAAAUAACCGCUUUUACCAAAGGGACCGCUCCGGGGUGAGCAAAGGGGCAGACGAGAGAGAGAGAGAGAGAGAGAGAGAGAGAGAGAGACCCUCUAACUAUUACUCCGCACAGCCCCCUGGGUCAAAAGUGAAGCAGGCGUUGAGCGGAGACUGAGAAAAUUCAGCAAGGGGCUUCUCCACUUUCCCUCUCGAUGGGAGUCCUUUGCCCAACUGCUCAGCUAAAACAACUUUGGAAAAAGAGGAGUUAUGCGGAGGGGUAUUGAUCCGUAGCCCUUCUUUCCAGACCCCUGCAGUCUUUUGCAUCAGUUGGGGACGAUCAGAGAGAAAGGGAACGGUCAAGUCUACCUCUCUGCAGCCCCAGAAACUAGAGCCCCGAUUGGCAGACAGAGCUAUCCAAAACGGUUCCUGAACAGGAAGGGAAGGAGGAAGAAAAAGAAACUUAUUUGUUUAUUGCGUUUUUACCGCAUCUUUUUCUCCAAGGAGCCCGAGGGGGCGUCCGUGGUCCUCUUCCUGCUCAUUUAACCCCACAAACCAACCCUGUGAGGUGGGUUAGGCUGGGAGGCGGUGUCGUGAGUCGCCCCGGGUCACCCAGUGAGCUUCCUGGCCAAGUGAGGAUUUGCACGCUGGUCUCUCCCACGCCCUAGUCCAGCGCCCUAACCGCUGCACCAUACUGCUUUUCUGAAGAUGCCCCCGGGGCUGCUCUUCAUUUCCGGGGCACGGGCAGAUUGCCCUGUUGAGCCCACUCGUUCCUGCCGCUAGCUGGGAAGCAAUGGAGAGCGGCUCUGGUAUUUCCCAAAACACUUCGAUGCCCAACAGCACUCCUGGGUGGAAGGGAAGACUCGCCGGGUCUGGCCACCUCGACCUGACCGCUGCGGCCGGAUCCACCUUGUGGCUGUAACCGCUCCAUGUAAACCAACCCAGAUCUUACAGUCCAGGUGUCACACUCUGCGCCAGCGCGGUUUCCAAGCCGCUUUGGUCAAGAGUCGCCCUGUCGGUUCCUUGAAGGGGCUUAUUCAAAAGAUUUCAGAAAUAAAAUAAGCAGGUUGUAAACUGAAAUGGGGCAUCCCACUGGGUCUUCCGCGGGAGAUGCUCAUGAUCCGGAUUGCAUUCAGUCAGCUAAACAAGAGCACUUCGGUGAAACUAGGAUGUGGGCUUGAGCCUCUGUUGCUGCGCGGAGCCAGCGACAGGCAUGGAGGAUGCGCAACCGCGUCCAUGCGCAUCAAAUUGCGCACAUCAAGCUGGUGCGAGCAAAAGUUUUGGGCCAAUAAUCAUGGCAGGGAUUUUUCUGCCUUUUAGUUGACCGAGAUUCGGGAGAUUUCCUUGAGAUAAAUGGCUCAGGUGCUUAACAGGAUUUCGCGCAGCGGCCUCUGUGGAGUCGGUGAUCUCAGGCUCCCCGGUCAUUGCUUUGCUAUCAAUAAGGGCUGCAUUAGAAGCAUCAUAGGAUAAUGUUCUGCUGUGAUCUAACCACCUCAGCAUAGAUCACGACCCGAGAUUAGCCUUAAUAAGGGAAACACCAAACAACUCAGCGUUUGGGCAGAGCUGAGUCAGAAUCGCGAGAGGUCCACUGAGUCCCAUAGGUUCUGAAACUUCCUCUCUCAGAGGGAGGGGGGCCCUUUCCACAAAACUCUUUCCGAAUCCCGCAUUUUGACUCGCACUUGCGAAUAACAGCAGGAGCUGGAAACUUUCAGCCCUUACUGUAGCUUUUACUGAGGACCGUAACAUUGUGCUUCACUGUAAUGCUAAAUGGUUCAGAGGCUUUCUGUGUUGUGAACCGCCUGUGCAAACGAUAGCUGAAAGGCGGUCGACGGGUGCCGCAAACAAGUUCAGUUGGGUAGAUUAUGCUCUGUCCCUAAUUUCUGGGUCAGUAUUUAUCCCCUGAAAAGGAGGAGCGAGGCGGGAGGACCGCUGGGUCUGGACGCUGACUAUGGAAAAGGAAGCUCAAUUGAAAAUCGAAGUGCUUUACUUUAAAGUCAAUUGUGUCGUUAGGAUCAGGAUCUUAAUUCAUUCGGAGUUCCACAUUCCCUUUUUCACUGAACUGUGCGCGGAUCCUACAGGCCCAGAAUACCUAGGUGUGGAAAAAUCGAGGUAAACGGGACAGUGAUCCACUUAUUGGAGACUGCAGUCUCAGUCAUAUUUACCAGGCAGUAAGUCUUCUCAAAAAUAGUUGGGACUUACUUCGGACUAAACGUCCGUAGGAUUGCACUGUGAGAAGCCCUGGAGGCAGUUUGGCGUCCUGCGCGCUUGUGGGCUGAUCGGAAGCCAAAGUCAGGAGAGACAUAUUUAGGCCCCAAACCUUUGGCUUAAAGUGAGAUGCGUUGUGAAUAGGCAUAGUUUGGGCAGCGACAGCCGCGAAUGGGUCUGUAGGUCCCCCGCACAGCAUUUAAAUGCUUGUUAGAACAUUUAAAAAGGAGAGUAAAAACAAAUAAAUAUGGGUUUGGUUGCCUCUACGAGGAAAGCCAGCUAUGCGGCUUCCUCUCCCUUGCAGACUUGCCUUCUUCUGGCUAUCAAUAUUACUAUUGCAGUCCGCCUUCUUUCCAAGGCGCUCAAGGCGGCUUACACUCCUGCAAUCCGCGUAAUAAUCCUGCGGGGAUCAUGGGAGUUGUAGGCCAAAAACAUACGGAGGGCCAGUUUGAGGAAGCCUGACCUAGGCAGUGGGGAUUUUGAAGUCACACCCUUUAACCCUUUGACCAUCCCACCCGCCCAGUCACGCCCCUCAGCUAACCACCCUGGCUUCUCCAGGGGAACCGUUUGAGCUGUUCUGUGGACUCGCUAGCUCUUUCUCGCUUCCUCCGCAGUGGGGCUGCCUCGCUACCAGCAUCACCCGUCCCCGGUGUGCGACAGGAAGGAUUUCGUCCUCAACUUCAACGGCAUCUCUUCCUUCCACCCAUCGGCCAGCGGCUCCUAUUACCACCAUCACCACCACCAUCAAAGCGUCUGCCAAGACAUCAAGCCCUGUGUGAUGUGAACAAUGACCUUGGGAGCUGGAUUGAAAGGAGAAGAUUGGGGAGGUUGGGGUGGGAGCGAGAGAGAGAGAGGUCCAAAGACUUCACCCAAAAGAUCACACGCAACGGGAGGACUCGCGCGGAUCGAGCCCAGAGGUCCACGCCCAGCUCCGCGAGCCUCCCUUUGUAAGUACAGUGCGCCAGUCACUUAAGGAAAGCCGCGUAAGGGCCGGACGCCCCGUUGGAUACGCGCGCUCCUUUUCCGCGGGAUCCUAAGCCUCUCCCACUGAGUUCACAGCACGUCUGCACGUGUUCCCUGCGAAGUAAGCCCGACUGCGUCCAGUGGGGCUUCCCAAACGUGCAAGAUCAGCAGCUCUAGCCCCACAGACACGUGCGCAAUGUUGCAGCUCCAUCCUAGAGCGCCAGAAUGUGAAACUAAACCCCACCGACUUCAGCUAGGAAAGGGGACAGGUGUGUGUGUGGGGGGGGGGGGAGAUUCGAGGCAUACUUCCUCAGAAGUAAAUCCCAUAGAGUCCAAUGGUCCAAUGCGUAUAGGAUGGCAGUCUUAGCCUUGAAUAGAUCCGCAUGAGGGAGAGGACUGCGAUCCUAGACAUACACCCGCAUCUGGGAUGGAAAGGUGGGCUGUAGCGCAGGAAAGCUCAUAGCCAUGAUGAUAUUAAUAAAUAAAUAAGCACCAGUCUUUAAGGUGUCAAGUGUACGUUAUGUAUAGGACACAGCCUUAAGCCUCAGUGAACCCAAGGAGACUUUCCUCUGAAGAAAGACUACUUCAGGAUCGCGCUGCGUACAACUCAAGCUAUAGGGAAUGGGCUCCUGUUGCUUUGUGUGUUUGGAUGAAAGGGCAGGAGGUGGUCGCCGCAGCUCCAGGAAGGUUCAGAAUCAAUCAGGCACAUUCCUUUGAUAGCCAGUAUUUUAAAGAAAUGAAGCAGAAGGCUAGUUCAUAUACAUAUAGUUACAUUUUUUAAAAACAAAAAUAAUCAAAGGCAACUGCGGUUGGAAUCUGCUAGCUUUUCAAUUACACAGAAAUUGAGGGCGGGAGGGAGAGAGAUGUCCCCUUUUUAUGCCUGACGUCCGUGCAACACAGAAACAAUCCGCAUUCACUGAGUUCGCCUACUCCAUCAUCCGAAUAAAGCACUUUCGUUUUGAGUCCUGCUUCAUUUCAGCUGGAGAGAUCUAAGCACGUCAGGGCAUUGCAGCACAAGGUAGGCUUCGAUUCUGCACGUGUUUACCUGGGAGUACGUGCCAUUGGACUCCACGGGGCUUACUCCCGAGUAGAAAUAUAUGGGAUUGCACCGUGAAGUCUUUGCGCCGCUGAGAUUACCUUCCGAGUAAGCUACGUAGGUUCACGAUCACACUCUCCUAUUGAAAUCAGCGAUGUCUGUCACAGAAUCGUACCUCUAGCUUUUGAAAAUGCAGAUUUAAUAUUCCCUAGUGUCAGCAGAGCCAUUGUUUAGCGGGAUGCUGUUUCAGCAGCACCAGCUAGUAUUAACAAACCUUGUUUUAAAUUUUGGAGAGGGUGUGUGCUUGUGCGUGGUUGUGUCGCUUCCAAGAAAGUCCCCAGAUUCUGUUUGUUUGUGUUUUGUUUUCCAGUAUUGCAACAAUACCACGUUUGGGGUUUAGUUUAUUUCCUUUCUUGCUUUCUUUUUUUUUAAACUUUUUUUAAAAAAGUGUUUAUAUCACAGUCUUUUAAAAUAAUUAUUUGGAAUAAAUCUCGUGUAUACUCACACACUAUCGCUUUUAAACCGGAGAGUAUAAUUUGCACUUAUGUAUAACGUUUGUCAAAAUAUUGUGAUGUACAAACUUGUUGGGGUGGGUUUCUUGUUGAUGUGUGUGGUGUGUUUCUCCCCCAAUAAAAUGUAUAUGGCCAGCGCGCAUUUUCCUUUUCCUCGGCAUGCUAAACUCCUCGGUUCUUAUACCGAAUUGUAACAGGAAAAGGAGCGUGCAUCUCGCUCCUUAAAGGAAAGACGGGAAUCCGGAGGCGGAUCCAGGAGGCGCGGUGACUUCGAGGUGUGUUUUUCUUUUCCGUGGAAAGGGACCAGAAUUACUUCGCUUGCGGGCUGCAGCGUUUAACAGACGAAACACCCAGUCUAUACCCAACGCUUGGUAUAGUUUGUCUAUUUUUGACAUUUCCCCCCCUUUAGAAGCGAAACGUAUUGGGGGAAACACAGUGGAAGACAAAGUAUUAAAAAUCUCAGAU